AUUUGUUUUGUUAUUGUUUAUAUUAUUGUUGAAUUCCAACCUACCUGCUGGAGGAAAUUUUGAAAGUUGGUUGAGAGAAAUACCAUAAAUUUAAUAUUAACAAUAAUAAGCUAGCGUCAUAAUAACAUGUGCGGGCGUACUGGAUUAUCAUUACAAAAGGAAAAAGUACAGUGCGCUUGCAGUUAUAAGCCUAAAAAUUACAGUCAUUAUGUCAAACCGGAAUGGCUUCCAGAAUACAAUGCAGGGAAAGAUUACGUACCUUCAUACAAUAUUGCUCCAACCGAUGUGACUCCAGUUUUGGUCUCUUCUAGCAGAUUUUCUAAUGUUGUUAACUGUGAUAGAGUCCUUAAACCCAUGAUGUGGGGAAUUAUACCACCAUGGCACAAAGGAGAUUUUAAAACGCAUAACUUAAGUACGAACAACUGUCGUCUUGAAAAUAUAAAAAGUUCCAAAUUAUAUAGUCCAAUAUUGAACAGUGGAGGUAGAUGUAUAAUAGUCGCAGAGGGAUUCUAUGAAUGGCAGACUACCAACAAACUAUCUAAAGUGAAACAGCCAUACUAUAUUUAUGCUCCUCAGCAGGAUGGUGUGAAGAUUGAUGAGACUGACACAUGGAACAACAACUUUGAUGAAACUACAGGUUGGAGAGGAAUAAAACUUCUCUGUAUGGCUGGAUUGUAUCACAUCUGGCAAAAUGAAGAAACAGUUAUUUAUUCAUAUUCUGUUAUCACAAUGGAGUCAAAUGAAACUCUAAAUUGGCUGCAUCACAGAAUGCCUGCUAUACUGAGCAGUGAGGAACAAAUAGAGGCAUGGCUAGACAUAGAUAAUGUUAAGCCAGACAUGGCACUGGGUUAUCUUAAACCAAUAAAACUACUGUCAUGGCACCCAGUUUCAACUGCAGUCAACAAUUCAAGAAAUAAAACUACUUCUUGUAAUAAGAAAAUAUUGGAAGAAGACAAAAGUAAGAAAAAAACACAAAAAACACUACAAUCUUGGUUUGUUAAAGCUGAAAAGAGAAAAUCAACUGAUAACAGUGAUUUUGAGCCCACACCAAAAAGUAAAAAACAUGAAUAAAAC